CAACACUAUGAGCUUGAGCACCCCGCCGCCCGAGUGGCAGAACGUGAUCCGCGCGCGCCUCAUGGCUGCGCAGGCGGCGCGCGACCCGCUCAAAGACAUCAUCGAGCAGUACCAGCAGCUCGCGGCCGCCGCGCGCGAACUCAAGGUCCGUAAUCGCGCGCUGUUGCGAUCAGGCGGCGGCGGCGGCGGGGAUGCCCGCGCCGCUCGUAUCGCAUCUCGACGCGCAACUCAACACCCUCCGCGCAGAAAUCUCGGGCUUGUAUCGCACGCAAGCCGCGGCGCAGAACAAACAGCUCGCGUUGAGCGACGCGCUGCGCGAUCGCGACGAAGAGGUGCGCGGGCUGCGCGAAGAAGUGCGGCAGCUGCGCGAGACGCGCGACACCAUGGCCCGCCGCGAGCAGAACACGAACGAGCGAUUGCGGGUCAAGGACGACGAUGCCAAGGUUCUGCAUGACGAGAUACUCGCCCUCCAGAUCGAAAUCAGCGGGCUGACACAACGCAACACCGCGCUGCAGGCCGAUAACGCGUCGCUCCUCCAGCGCUGGCUCGACAAGAUGAACAUGACGGUCGACGAAAUGAACGCCGAGUUCGAAGCCGAGGCGGGCGCUGGCGCAAGCAAGGACGAAGGGGAUUUUCGGGGCGGCGGGAAGGCGUGAGCGCGUCUUCCCGCGGACUCGGAGCUGGGCUAGCUGGACCCGAGGUGCGAGUGGAACUGGCGGACAAGGGAGAUGCAGAGACAGGGACGAGCACGAGGGCGCACUCGGCCGACUGGGAGGUUGU